UACCAAGUGCUGAAACCACAUUCACUCAUAAACACUGAUUGGGUAACAAAUGAUUUCAAAAUAAGAGCACACUGUUAUUCUAAAAUAAGCAAAACCACUUCGGUAACUAGUUAUUGAAAACUCGGACGACCAUCUUGUCUUAAACCUUAACGCCAACUACGCACCCAACCGAGUAUUUCAAUCUAUUUCCCCCAAUACAUUCCACUAAGUAGUUAUGUUGCCUUAAUCCAACAUAGAGGGGAGAUGGACGUUUAUUUUGAAAGGACAUAUGCGUGUAAACAAGCAGCAAUUGACCCAUGUUGGUGGCUUUCAUCGAAGAAGGGAAACGAUUAGUAAACUAUUUUGCAGCAUAAUUUGCAGUCCGGUCACUUUGUUGUUGUUUAUUUAUGGCCCAAGCAGGACUCAAAACAGAGAGGGGGGGGGCGGACCCCUCCACUUCCAGCUGUGGCGUCACCCGGAAGUAGUCACGCUAGGCGGGAUGACCGGAACAACAAGAUGGCGGCGAAUGAAGAGUUUCGGACACCCUGGGUCCUGUAGCGCAGACGUCGGCCCGUUGACCGGUGAGACGACACCCGAAACCAGCAUGAAUCUCCAGCAGCCAGAGCCUCUCAUCCCCCCCGUCCACCCCGAUGUGCAGAUGAAGCCGCUGCCCUUCUACGACGUGCUGGACGUCCUCAUCAAGCCUUCAAGUCUAGGAGCGAGUCCGGCUCAGAGGUACCACCAAGAAAAGUAUUUCAUCUUCGCCUUGACGCCACAGCAAGUCCGCGAAGUGUGCAUCUCCAGGGACUUCCUCCCGGGAGGAAGACGGGACUACAUGGUUCAGAUUCAACUGAGGUUUUGCUUGUCAGAGACAAGUUGCCCUCAAGAGGAUAACUACCCAAACAGUCUUUGCAUAAAGGUUAACGGGAAACUUUUUCCUUUGCCAGGUUACGCACCGCCGCCGAAGAACGGCGUGGAACAGAAGAGACCGGGACGACCUCUGAACAUCACCUCCCUGGUCCGGCUCUCCUCGGCGGUCCCCAAUCAGAUCUCUGUGACGUGGGCGCCGGAAAUUGGCAAAACCUAUUCCAUGUCCGUGUACCUGGUGAGGCAGCUGACGUCUCCACUGCUGCUGCAGAGGCUGAGGAUGAAGGGCAUCCGGAACCCGGACCACUCCAGAGCACUAAUCAAAGAGAAGCUGACGGCAGACCCAGACAGCGAGGUGGCGACGACGAGCCUCCGAGUCUCACUCAUGUGCCCGCUGGGUAAGAUGAGGCUGACGGCGCCGUGCCGGGCGGUGACCUGCUCCCACCUGCAGUGCUUCGACGCCGCCCUCUACCUGCAGAUGAACGAGAAGAAGCCCACGUGGAUCUGCCCCGUGUGCGACAAGAAGGCGGCGUACGAGAGUCUCAUCAUCGACGGUCUGUUCCUGGAGAUCCUGAACGACUGCUCCGACGUGGACGAAAUCAAGUUCCAGGAGGACGGAACCUGGUGUCCCAUGAGACCCAAGAAGGAGGCCGUGAAGGUCUCCUCGCAGUCGCUUCCAAAGAUCGAAGCCUCGGCCCCUCUACGCCAGUCGGCGACGUCCCAUUCCGCCGAGCCCGGCGCCGCCAAGAAGGCCGACGUGAUCGACCUGACCCUGGAGAGCUCCUCGUCCUCCUCCGACGAAGAGGACUCGGACCCUCCGCUGAAGAAGUGCUGCGUUUACAUUUGCAAGAACGAGGAGAUGCACGCCAAGGGGGUGCUGACCUACCAGCCCACGGUGCGCGGGCCCAGCCUCCAGACCCUGGACCCGUCCUAUCUGACCUCCACGCUGGCCGACUACGCCGUCCCCUUCCACCCGGCCACGCUGGCCAGCAUCCCAACGGACAUGCAGAGUCUGGAUUUGUUUUCCUUAAUUCAAUCUGAUUCUCAGCAUUACCGGCCUCAGAUGUUCCUCGACAACCUGACGAGCAGCAUGCAGAGCGCGGCGGCGGCGGCCGCCAGCACCAGCUCGGCUCUGGUGUCGUCCUCGAGCGGCAUCUACGACACCGGCAGCCACGCCGCCUCCCUCCACGAGACCCGGGUCAUCACGGGGAGAGGGGCCUCCGGGGGGGGCGGGGACGGCGGCAUGUCGGACAUCAUUUCGCUGGACUGAGCCACGCCUCCCUGGACCUCUCGCCUUUUUUUUUUUUUUUGUCGUGCGGACUAUGUUGCACACGGCAUUUUAUUUUUUACCUAGAAGCAUUCAAAUUGGUACACAUGAGGUCCUUGAUGACCUGGACGUGUUCACGGCGCUCAGAACCGAUCCAGGUGUGUCGAUGUGUGUGUGCUGUCACACCUGAAGAACUUUAACGGCAUGAGAUCAAACAAAUGAUCCGUCUUCCGUCGGUCCAAGAUGGUGAUUUCACCUUUUGUUUAGAACAAUAUUCUCUGAUGUUUACGCCGUGGUUCUGUUCAGUAAAACCAGGUUUUUUAGCUUUGGUUUAGUCCUAAAUCCCUGGUAGUUAAGUCGUGGCGUAGCGAAAUAUUUCCUAGUAUUUUAGACUUGGUUUAGUCCUGGAUUCACGUUACAGGGAAAUCAGACAUUUAAUUUAAUCAUUAGUUUCUAUGUAUUACAUCAUCAUUAUGACC